GUCUCAGUGAGGAUGCAGGGGGACAUUAAGAGGCAGCAACAGCAGCAGGUGAUCAGUCAGCUGCUGAAGAGGCCGUUGGACAGUUUCUUCGACAACCUUCCGGCCCUCAAGUCGCCCAUCCUGGUUUCGGGGCCUCGUCUGGCAGGCACCACUGAGGACACCUUCAGCCGCCAUUUUGAGAGCAUCAUGGAGUCGCAUCGCGCCAAGGGCACAUCCUACUGCAGCCUGGACAGCGAGGAGCUGCUGACCUCCAGCACCCAGACCGUCCUGACCUUUGACCUUCCCACACUGACCCCAGAGAUCCAGGGGGGUCAGAUGAUCUGUCAGAGCGCCCGGCACAUUGUUAAGCUUAGCUUCGCCCCAUUGGCCCACUGCGAGAGGGGAACAAGCUUAUCAGAUUCCAUCGUCACGGUGACAGGUGACUCGGACGCCACGCGCGCCCCCUCCAGCGAAAGGCUGAGCAGUGGCUCGGAGGACACAUCCCCGCGAGGGGGAGGGGGCGGGGCACGGAUGCUGGGGAGCAGUUGGUACAGCAACCCCACAUUCUCCUUCCCUAGGUCAGUGAUGUCAUACAGCAGCAACCCCUCCCUCUCCUUCCACAGGUCAGUGAUGUCAUCACUACUGCUCUGAUGUAGUACUGUAUGAAAGGCCAGACCCAAUAGGCUGCUGACAUAAAGUACCCACUGGGCACAGACGUCAGUUUAACAUCUAGUUUUGAAUUACAUUUGGUUGACUUGUCAACUAACGUGAAUUCAAUGUGAAAUAAACCAAAAAUGUCACUCUGUAAUUGAAUUUAGGUUAAAAGUUGGGUGAUAAAAGACUAAAUUCCUUUACAAUGAUGACUUUUUGCAAAUCCAAUCAGUAAUCCACGUUUAUUCAACUUCAUCACAUUUAAUUAUUAGGUUGAAAUGACUCAUUGAUUCAACCAGUACUUGCCCAGUGGGUAGGAGGUUAUUCUCAUUGACUAAGUAAAGCCAAGGUAGGCUUCUAUUCAGAACAUACAGUAUGGUAUAAUCUAAGAUUAAAUAAAAAACAGUAGGAGGUUAUUCUCAUAGACUAAGUAAAGCCAAGGUAGGUUUCUAUUCAGAACAUACAUUAUGGUAUAAUCUAAGAGUAAAUAAAAAACAGUAGGAGGUUAUUCUCAUAGACUAAGUAAAGCCAAGGUAGGCUUCUAUUCAGAACAUACAUUAUGGUAUAAUCUAAGAUUAAAUAAAAACAGUAGGAGGUUAUUCUCAUAGACUAAGUAAAGCCAAGGUAGGCUUCUAUUCAGAACAUACAUUAUGGUAUGAUCUAAGAUUAAAUAAAAAACAAUAAAUCACUAUAUUAUACUAUAUUGUCCAUGUACAGUAUUAGAGGAGAACGUGAUAACUGAUGAUCAUAAUGUGCAUAUGUUAUGUACUGUAUACAGUGCAUUCAGAAAGUAUUCAGAACC